AAGUGUGUAAAAUCAGUGAACCGAUAGUUAAAGUCAGGAGGUGAUGCCGGGACGAAGCAAAACAGUGUAUUAUAAAGUACGUUAGAAAGUUACAAUUGGAGCAGAAAUGGUAAAGGCCACGCUAUUUAAAGGCAUUUAAUCGCCAGGUUACGGGAUAAUUUGAGGAUUGAUGGAGUGACGUCAGUACGUACCUUGAUAGCAGAGUAAUCUCCUUGUGGACGGUCUAAUCUCGGAGGGGAAUGGGCACGUUUCUACUCAGAUGUGGCUAUACGGUACAAACACGGUGUUAACGUACCAGCAAAUAGCUCUCGGAAUGAGUAAAGCGAGAACUAACAUAAAAACUCUUUAAUAACAGCUCUGCGAGGCUCCUGAACUCCGCUGUGCGUUUCCGUGCAGCUAAGAGUGGAUGUUCAGAACAUUGGACGCUUCUUCCCACAACAGCCUCCGCAUCCAUCCUGAAGGUUAAAAAAAUCGACUGGAUUUAACAGGUCAACGAACAGCGGAGAAAGAAACUCCAAUUACAACGCAUCAAUUUACAAACCUGACAUUAAUUAACAUCCGAAGCUCUAACUUAGACUUCCUAUCACCCUCCUAGAUUUCACUGGCUACUUGUCUUCCACUUUAUUUAAGUAUACAUAAUAUAUGAUAUUUAUAUCCGGUACCGAAACUUUAUGGAGUAGAUUUUCUUCCACAAUCAACUCAACCAGUAUUUAAUUGAACUACAUUUAAAAAUGAAUGUAAUUGCACUGUUACUCACCGGAUUGUCUCUAUAUGGGAAACUUCACUGGAUUAGUGGAUUCGAAUACGACUACUCUUACGAUUAUUAUGAUGAAGAAAAGACGGAGGUCAUUGAUUACAAAGACCCAUGCAAAGCUGCUGCGUUUUGGGGAGACAUUGCCUUAGAUGAAGAAGACUUACAACUGUUUCAGAUUGACAGAACAAUUGAUUUAUCAAGACACAUGUUAGACAGAAUUGGACACACAACAGGUGGGUCCGGAGAACAUAAAGUUUCCAAAAGGAAAGGGACAAUAUAUCAACUUAUAGAUCGGAUCCUAAGAUUGGGUUUAGGCAGUGAUCAAAAUACCACUAACCGAGAAAAGAACAACUCAGAAACCUUAAAACGGAUUGAGAAGAAUAGAGUUCCCAGAGCUGCAACAUCUCGAGCCGAGAGAAUAUGGCCCGGGGGUGUCAUUCCAUAUGUCAUUGGAGGCAAUUUUACUGGUAGCCAGCGGGCAAUGUUCAAACAGGCCAUGCGGCAUUGGGAGAAACAUACAUGCGUCACGUUCAUUGAGAGAGUAGAUGAAGAGAGUUACAUUGUCUUCACAUACAGGCCGUGUGGGUGCUGCUCUUAUGUCGGUAGACGUGGUAACGGUCCUCAGGCUAUAUCCAUAGGCAAAAACUGUGAUAAGUUUGGGAUUGUAGUUCAUGAACUGGGCCAUGUAAUUGGAUUUUGGCAUGAACACACAAGACCAGAUCGAGAUGAUCAUGUGACCAUCAUUAGAGAAAACAUCCAGCCUGGCCAAGAAUACAAUUUCCUCAAGAUGGAACCUGGUGAAGUGAAUUCUCUUGGGGAGGCGUAUGACUUCAACAGUAUUAUGCACUAUGCUAGGAACACCUUCUCAAGAGGAAUGUUUCUGGAUACUAUUCUCCCUGGACGUGAUGAGAAUGGCAUAAGACCUGCCAUUGGCCAACGUGCACGGUUAAGUAAAGGAGACAUUGCACAGGCAAGGAAGCUGUAUAGAUGUCCAGCCUGUGGUGAAACUCUUCAAGAGUCAACUGGUAAUUUCUCAUCCCCAGGAUUUCCGAAUGGAUACCCUUCGUACACGCAUUGUGUUUGGAGAAUCUCAGUUACACCUGGUGAAAAGAUUGUCUUGAAUUUUACCAUCAUGGAUCUCUUCAAGAGUCGCCUGUGCUGGUAUGACUACAUAGAAGUACGAGAUGGCUAUUGGAGAAAGGCACCACUUCUUGGCAGGUAUUGCGGUGAUAAACUACCUGAAGUGCUGACUUCCAGUGACAGCAGAAUGUGGAUAGAAUUCCGUAGUAGCAGUAACUGGGUAGGAAAAGGUUUUGCAGCAGUAUAUGAAGCAAUUUGUGGUGGUGAGAUCAAUAAAGAAUCGGGACAGAUCCAGUCUCCAAACUAUCCAGAUGACUACAGACCAAUGAAGGAGUGUGUGUGGAAAAUAACAAUGUCUGAGCACUACUACGUAGGAUUAGUUUUCCAGGCUUUUGAGGUUGAGAGACAUGACAAUUGUGCCUAUGAUUAUUUAGAAGUUCGAAAUGGCAAUAAUGAAAACAGUCCCUUAAUUGGGCGUUUCUGUGGCUAUGAUAAACCAGAAGACAUCAAAUCUACUUCCAAUACCCUCUGGAUGAAAUUUGUUUCUGAUGGAACAGUUAAUAAAGCAGGAUUUGCAGCAAACUUUUUUAAAGAGGAGGAUGAAUGUUCCAGACAUGACAGUGGAGGCUGUGAGCAGCAAUGUGUGAACACUUUGGGCAGUUACAAGUGUACCUGUGAUCCAGGCUAUGAACUUGCGGCAGACAAGAAGAGUUGUGAAGCUGCCUGUGGAGGACUGUUGUCAAAACUAAAUGGAACAAUCACCACACCGGGCUGGCCUAAAGAAUACCCUCCGAAUAAGAAUUGUGUUUGGCAAGUUGUGGCUCCUACCCAAUACAGAAUCUCUGUGCAGUUUGAAUUUUUUGAAUUGGAAGGCAAUGAUAUAUGCAAAUAUGAUUAUGUUGAGAUCCGCAGUGGCCUUUCAUCUGAUUCCAAGCUUCAUGGGAAGUUUUGUGGUACUGAAGUGCCUGAAGUUACAACAUCUCAACACAAUAAUAUGAGGAUUGAAUUCAAAUCUGACAACACUGUUUCAAAGAAAGGAUUCAAGGCCCAUUUCUUUUCAGAUAAGGAUGAGUGUUCCAAAGAUAACGGUGGCUGUCAGCAUGAGUGCAUCAAUACAGUAGGCAGUUAUGUGUGUCAGUGUCGAAAUGGAUUUCUUCUACACGAAAACAAACAUGACUGCAAAGAAGCUGAAUGCGAACACAAGAUCUACAGUGCAGUUGGUACCAUCACCAGUCCUAACUGGCCAGAUAAAUAUCCUAGUCGCAAAGAAUGUACAUGGGAGAUUUCAGCAACUCCGGGCCACAGAGUGAAAAUAGUUUUCAGUGAAUUUGAGAUUGAGCAACACCAGGAAUGUGCUUAUGAUCAUCUAGAAGUGUUUGAUGGAGAAACUGAUAAAUUUGCCAUCUUGGGUCGAUUCUGUGGCAGCAUGAUUCCGGCUCCUGUCAUUUCUACUGGAAACAAAAUGUUUAUCAGAUUUGUUUCAGAUGCAUCUGUACAGAGGAAAGGUUUCCAGGCUGCUCACUCCACUGAGUGUGGCGGGAGGCUGAAGGCUGAAAUAAAAUCUAAGGAUCUGUAUUCUCACGCUCAGUUUGGAGACAAUAACUACCCAGGACAGGUGGACUGCAAGUGGCAGAUUGUAGCAGAGAAAGGUUAUGGAGUGGAAUUAUCAUUCCAAACGUUUGAAGUGGAAGUGGAAGCUGACUGUGGUUAUGACUUUAUUGAACUGUUUGAUGGGUUUGAUACGACAGCUUCGAGGCUUGGACAAUUCUGUGGAUCAGGGCCGCCUGAAGAAAUCUAUUCAACGGGAAAUGCUAUUUUACUUCAUUUCCAUUCCGAUGACACAAUUAACAAAAAAGGAUUCCAUAUACGAUACACAAGUACAAAGUUCCAGGAUGCUCUUCAGACCAAAAAGUAACCUGACCCUCAAUACUCUCCUUUUCCCUUUUUAUUUGGCAAAAGCAAGAAUGAUCUGAACAAUUUUAUAAUGAGACCAUAGUGAGAAACUGAAGAAAAUAAGUUGUUGAGGUGCCUGUGUGAUGGUCAAGUACCCUGGCAGAAGAUUCGAUGAAAAUGCGAAACGCAGACUAAUGAUUAGUCUGGAAGUUAAACUGCAUUGACAAGAUACUAUAUUCCUGCAGCACGGUUAUAAAUGUUUGUGAGCUGUGUCGGCUUUGGUCACUAAAGGCUGCAGAACUUCAUUCAGUGAAAAUAGCCCUCUGCAAACUGCCCUUCGUCUCAGCAACCUACAAUAUCCAUGGGAAUGAAUCUCAUGAGACCGCAACCAGCUUCUGUGUGUAUCAUUCACAUUUUUUUUUGCCAGACUUGCAAUGAUAAUACAAGAAAGAAUGAUGUAUUCUAGUGUACUGUUCAAUUUUCAACAUGUCGUUUAACAAUAUAAAGGCAAACCAUUCACCACUUAAUUUAUGGGGUUCUACCAGUUUUUUUUCCUAUCAAAAACAAAGCUAUCUUUACUGGUGACUAUCGCCUGUGAUCAUGUCUCUCUGUUACAUGACUUUGUACUGACAAGCACUGUAGCAAACUGUGAAUUCCUUCAGUACCAAAAACAGGUUUAAAACAUUGAAAAUCCUGAUUGCAUUUUCUAUAUUUUGCUAUUUGAGUGUUCCAGGAUACUUUUUUUUGAAUAUAUGUGUUAGUAGUUUGCACUUAGAAUGAUAUCAUGAGGCCUGGUUUCAGGCUGCAGCUAUUCUCUGGACUGUAUUAUGUAAAUCAUUUGAAGUUGUAAGCAUAUGAAUUGUAUGUGUAUGAAAAUUAAAUUAAUAGAUAACCAGAUAAACAUAGUGUUCCUAUAAUACAGUAAGCAAAAUGGUCACAAAAUUCUAAAAAUGAAAACACUAACUACAAUUCCUUAAAGUACCCUUUUAGCUAUUCCAUGUGCUGAACAGUCUGUAAUUAAACUGAAGUGCUACAUUUUUCAGUAGCAAGACAAAACAGUAUGGUUAAAUAUAUAAACUAUAUUCCUAGUAUUCAAAUUCAACUUUGGGAUACUGGAUGUCUUGUUAAAGCUGUGGAUGAACCAAAGCUGAAGCUAAGAAUUACACCCCUGGAAGGAUGAAUAAACCACAAAAAAUAUAAGACAGAUUUCUUAUGGUGCUACUCCAUGUUCAGAAGCUUUUUGAGUUUAUGAGCCAACAAUUUUAAGAGCCUUGUAUGAUUGUCAAAACUUGUUCAGUAUAAUUUGAAGGACAGACAAAUAUCAGCUUGGGCAUAAGAUGAGGUUAUCAUGCUACUAAAACACAUGUCCUGUGGAGGCUGACAUAAUUAAUGCCUUAGAAUGAUUAAUUGUAAAUCCUUGCACGUGACAAACACAUCUCUCUGUGAAAAAAGGCUUUGACUAUGUUUCAAAAUAAUUAAGCAUUUUUCUUGUCAUUUUUUGCCAUCUUAAGAAGAAGUUCAUAUAGUUGACCUGUCUAAAAGUGAUGUAAGAAUGAAAUGUUUCAGUGUAGCUGAUGUAUAGAGAUGCUGAGUAGCCUGUUUCUAGAUUGGUGAUUCAAUGUUCAUCCAUUCUUUUUAUGUUCCACCAAGAGAUUCAUAAUAUUAGACAUUUAAUUAUGACAUAUAUGCAUUAUUGUGUUAAUUCACAAAGGCAUUAUAAGACAAGGUGCAACUUCUGUGUUAUGGCUGAAUGGUGAAAUUGUUACAGUAUGUGCCAAGUUCCACUUGAAUCUGUUUUGAUGUAGCUUAUUUGUUCUUUUCGUUUUGUUUUGAUGUUGUUUAUAAUUAGACAAUUGUGGCUUCUGAAGCUUCUCAUAAAAAAAACUUUCAGGUCAACAUUCAGGAGUAAAAUCAAAUAUUGCAUUGCAGAAAAUGUUACUUUGCAAUGUUUUUCACACAGUAGAUUGCUACUUAAGUUAGCAGUAAUUAACCUAUUUGUAUCUGUAUCUUUCCCAAGUCGGUCAAAAUGUCACUA